AUGGAUGAUCUGCCGGACCUUGUUAAGGUUGAAAUCCUUUGUCGACUUCCUUGCAAAUACGUCGUUCGAUGCAAAUGUCUGUCCAAGCAUUGGCUUACUCUCAUCUCCGACUCGGACCCCUAUUUUGUUAGCCGAUUUCAAUGUCUACAAGGACCUGAUGAACGAACCCUACUGUUCUCUGCAACACAGAAAGAUCGUUUUACCAUGAAUGAGCUUUCAGGGCUCAAAACACUCGGGUCAUUUAGGCCAAGUUUCCAACCUAAUGAUCAUCAAUCCAAUUUAGAGCCAAUUGUGGUAGCAACAUGUAAUGACUUGGUUCUGUGCUGUAAAACCCCGAUUUGUAUUCGACGUAAUUACUUUAUCUGCAAUCCUUACACCAGACAAUUUGUUUCUCUUCCAAUCGCACCUCCAUGCACCCCUGGUGUAUCUGUGGGAUUCAUUAAUUGCGACAGCGAUCAUAAAAAGGAACAAACUACUGGUGGUAAUAGUAACAUCACUGGAUACGAAGUUGUCCAAAUUCCUUAUUUCGGAUAUGAUACUGCAGCCUUCCAAUUCAAGGUGGACAUAUUUUCUUUCAAGACCGGCAUAGCUUUCAAUGGAGUGUUGUAUUGGUCGGGUCCUGAUGGCUUUCUUAUCGGGAUAGAUCCAUUUAACCCUAAAGAAACUACCGGUCCUAGAAGUAGUGGCGAUAUUAUUGAACAUAAAUAUGGUUAUUGCAUUGGAUUUAACGAGCAUUUGGAACCAUGCAUAGAUUUAUUGGACCAGCUAGAUGUGAGCCAUGGAGGAUCAUGUCUUCGACUAUGCCAGUUAUGCCAGUUAUAUAGAAAACAAUGUAUACUCCAUGUUUGGGAAUUGAAAGAAGUACAAGAAGAGCAGUUAGUCAACCAAGGAAAUUCCAAGUGGUGUUUAACAUACAAGGUUUCCUUGGAACAAAUAGUUUGGCAAGAUCCAAAGAUUGAUCUGAACUGGAUGAGCUCUAAGUUGCUAGCUUUGGACCCAAAUAAUGAUGAUGUCUUGUAUUUGAAACUGGAUGGACAGAUUGUCAUUUGCAACAUCCGGACAUCAGAAUUGAAGAUAACUAAACUGCUUGUAAUUAACGGUGUCUUCCCAUUUGUUUUCCCCUCGUGGCCGACACCAGUUCCUAAACUUCCACCACAAAAGGAAUAG